CCCCGGCUCUCUCCCCGGCUCCUGCGGGCGGGGGCUGCGAACGGCUCCGCCCCGGCGGCCGCCCGGCUCCUGCCGCACGCUCGGAGCCGCCUCAGCCCCUGCCGGCGGUGGAAGAUGGCGGAGCCGGGGCCGGACUGCGGCGCCCUGCUCGACGAGGCGCUCUCCUCCUUCGUCUUCAACUACCUCGCCGACAGCCAGUAUGAGGUGUCAGGCGAGGAGCACUUCUACUCCGACUUCCCCGAGAUCGAUUUGUCCCAGCUGGACGCCAGUGACUUGGACUCGGCCGGCUGCUUCAGUGAGCUGCAGUGGUGCGCGGAGCACUCUGAGACCGAGUCCAGCCAGUACAGCACUGAUGAAUCUGAGCUCUUCCAGAUAAUAGACAGUGAGAAUGAAGCGCUGCUGGCGGCCCUCACCGAGACUUUGGAUGAUAUUCAGGGAGCUGACGUGGGCCUGGCUGCCUUCCAAGCUCUUGAAGAGGGGGACACGCUCAACCAUGCCUACACCUCGCCUGCCCCUUCCCCCAAACCCACCGCCCUGGUCUCUGGGGGGCCACCCCUGGCCCCCGAGGUUGAUGAGCUGUCUCUACUGAAGAAGUUGCUCCUCUCUCCAUCGCACGCGCCUCUCAGCUGCGAGGCUCAGAAAGACGGGAGCACCCGGCGCCCGGGGACCCCUAAGUCUCGACCCUCAAGGCCCUGCACAAAGGCGGAGGCUCCCCGGGACCAGAGGGCGAGUGUCCCACAGGCACAGAGCCGCAGCUGCACUGAGCUGCACCGGCACCUCACCUCAGCGCCCCCCUGCACCAAGACCUCAACCCCCCGCACACUGGAGGAGUGCCCCAGCGGCCGCCACCACCCUGCCGCGGGCAACUGCGCCCAACACGAAGACGACAGCGACUCCAGCGAGGACUCACUGAGCUCCCGUGACGCGGUGACCUCCCCUUCCUCAGCGGAGGACGGCGCUGGCAGCCAGUUCUCCUGCAAUGGGGAGAUGCACACGGUGGUGGAGCUCAUCCGCUACAUGCACACCUAUUGCCUGCCGCCGCGGAAGCUGCCCGCCCGUGACACCACCGAUGCCAAGCCCCAGCCCUGCAGCAGCCCCUUCAAAAGAGCCAAACCGGACUGUCCCCCGCAGCCAGGACACCCUGGUGGUGCUGAGAGCCGGCCGGGCUGCGCCUGGCAGGCGGCUGGGGGUUGCAAGAAGCCCGCAGCAUCCUUCUCCAUCCUGAAGGAGCUGCUGGCACGGGACCUGCUGUGUGAUGUGAGCAAGCCCUACCGCCUGGGCAAGCCUGUGUAUGCCUCCCUUGCCCGGCCACCCCCUGCCAGCUGCCCUGCCAUGCUGGUCCAGGAUGGGGUGGACACUGAUGGGACCUGCAAAUCCAGAGCAAAAGUGGUGCCAGAGAAAGCAGAGCGAAGGCAGAGCCUCGGGGCUGAGGCAGAUGCUCCACGAGAACCCGUCAGUUUGGAGGAGGAGGCUGGGAAGCGUGUGGGCACCCCAGCCAUGUCCACAGGGAAGGCAGCUCGGCGGCCGGAGAGUACCAUUUACGCUGUCCGCCGGUCCAAGAGACUCAAUCCCGAGCUGGGCCACUGGCUCUCCUUCCUUGACGAGCUGCCCCUUGAGCCCUCUGUGCCCCAGGAGGUCGCGGCCUCCAGGGAGCCCACGCUGUGCCCAUUGCUGGAGGCCUUCUCCGCUCAGGAGCCUGCAGCCGAAGUGGAGGUGGGCGGCACAGAGGAGGGAGAUGGCGGGAGCUUGGCACCGCCAGCAGAGCCCCAGCCCCUCGUCCUGGCAUCCCCAGGGGGCAGCGAGGUCAGCGAGGGUGCUGAGAGCCAGUACUGUGCCCCCCGGCAGCAAGCAGAAACACCCCGGUGUCUCACGCUGUCCUUGGCGCAAACUGACCCGACCUUUGGGAAGAGAAACUUUGAGCCAAUGCUGACCGUGGAGCUGUGUGGGACAGCAGGUCUCACGCCGCCCACCACUCCGCCAUACAAGCCCACCGAGGAGGACCUGUACAAGCCAGACAUCCCCCAGGAGGCAGGCAAGGAGGACAGCAUGGCCCCCAGCUCUGGGGCCGGAAGCACAGGGGACACAGGAGCUUCCCAGAAAGCCCCAAAGAAGCACCCCGAGAGGACAGAGCUCUUGGCCCACCUGAGUCGUGCCGCUGAGCAGCCAGGCGUGCUCAAGCGGCCCUUCUCAUGCUCCUUCGGGGACCACGACUACUGCCAGGUGCUGAAGCCGGAGGCCACCCUGCAGAGGAAGGUGCUCAAGUCCUGGGAGCCCCCAGGCCAGACGGAGAUGGAGCACAAGAGGAGGGUCCCUGACGCGCACUACCAGGGGCUGGACCUCAUUGGCAAGGAUGCAGGUGGCGAGAUGGUGUGGAAGGACGGUGUCAAGCAGCUGCGAGACCAGGAGAUCCGAGCCAGCUUAACGAAGCACUUUGGCUUCCUGGACAGUGCUCUCGAUAAUGAGGACAUGGUCUUCUGCAAGACCCCUGAGUAUGACACUGUCUUUGACGACAGCUGCAGUGAGAGCGGCUCCCCAGUGGAGGAGGAGGAAGAGGAAGAUGAGGAGGAGGAAGACCACUGCGACAGCCCAUUGGACGCCAAGCUGUGCCUGCGGAGAAACCCCCUUUCCAGGACCAGUUUGCAUUACUGUUCCCGGAGCAGGUCUAGCUCGGGGUCUUCAUGCUGCCGGUCCCGAUCCCCCACCAGCAGACGCACCUUCAGGUGUGAGAACAGCGAGCAGUGUCAAGGUGGCAGCAGGAGCUGGGGCCAGCUGGAGAAGAAACAGGAAAAGGCCAUUGGGGAAGGCCGGGUGGUGUACGUCAGGAACCUCUCCAGCAACAUGAGCUCCAGUGAGCUGAAGAAACGCUUUGAGGUGUUUGGUGAGAUCGUGGAGUGCCAGGUCCUGUCCAGGACUAACAGGGGGGAUAAAUACGGCUUUAUCACCUACCGGUAUUCAGAGCACGCCGCCUUAUCUCUGAAGAAUGGCACCUCGCUAAGGAAGAGGAAUGAGCCUUCCUUCCAGCUCAGCUCUGGUGGCCUCGGGCACUUCUUCUGGACCAGAUACGCUGACUUGGAUUGCAGCGCAGAGGAGUCCUCCCCCGCACCGGUGAAGAGCAAGUACGAGACCAUGGAUUUUGACAGCUUACUGCAGGAGGCCCAGCUCAGCUUGCAUCGGUAACAGCCUUAACCCUGGAGGAAUACCUCAAUACCUCAGUCAAGGCACUUCCAAUAUGUUUACGUUUUCAAAGAAAUUAUUCAGUCUAUGACGAGAGAGCGAGAGAGCGAGAGCACGCACGCACGAGAGAGAGACUGCUGUCCCUUUCAAUCGAUGUUUACAUUGAACAAAGCUGCUUCUGUCUGUGAGUCCCCAUGGUGUUGAUGUCUCACUGCCACACAUUAGUCUCCCCGCUUAUGACUGGUUGUUUUAGGGUGAGCCUAGGAGCCCCCGGCCCCCUCCCAACCCCGGCCCUGACCCUGUGCUCCCACCGUGGAGUUGCAGCUGUGUUCACCAUAACAUUUUUUGUCCGUAGUGUGUGAUGAUGAAAUUGUUAAUUGUGAAUAGAAUCAGGAUUAUAAACUAAUUUUUAAUAGAAGAGGAAGAAAAAAAAAAGUAUAUACUUAAAAAAAUGUAUUUAUGGCUCAGAUGUACUGUAAUUCAGAUUUAUUGUACCGCUUCCUUGAUUUUUAACUAUGCACUGUAAUGAGGCACUUGCCACUGAGCAAAUGGGGGGUCAGAGCAGAGUCACAGAGCCAGUGUUUGGCUGCAGGAGCACCGGCCUCCCCGGCAGUGCGCGGGGCUCCCCCACUGCUGCCAAAGCCAUUUUCCUCACUGGGGGGCGAGUCCCCAGCAUCCAGCUGCCAAGCGGGCCCGAUCAGAGGCCCAUGGGCCGCUCCUGCCAUGGCAGCCCACAGACACGAGGGAAAGGGGUGAUGGAAGGAGGUAGCGUUGAACUGCUGCUGGGCGGCCUGCAGCCCUGCUGCCUGCCGGCCAUCGUUGCUGUGGCCCUGUGCCGGCAGGCCUGGGGCACCCGUGGAGGGAGCAGGGCGUGAGGAUCCUUCUCGUCUCUGCCAUCCUCUGGCUGGUGUCUGAUAAGCCAUAUGCUCACCCAGCACCCCGUUGGCAACUUGGACCCGUGCCACCCUGCUGGCACGGCACUCUCUCUGCUGUCGCCUCUGCCCCCUUGGCCCGGCUCAUGCCCAGCAGUGUGAAGGAAGCGUCACGGCUUUGCUGUGUGUUUGCGGCUCCCGGCUGGCCUGCUGCCGCUUGUGCCGUCCCCCCCGCCUCUUGCCAGGGCCCUCAGGCCUCCCAGCAGUGCUGGAUGUAAGGCAUGCUCAAGCAGCAUCCCUGCCAAAUUUGCUUGCAAGCUUGCCCCCCGCCUCUGGGAGAGGUGGUAGGGGGAGAGCCCCCACCCCUGGUUGGAGGAGCCCCAACCAAGAGCAGGCCAGACGCACCAUUUCCCAGAGGGAAAGGAAAUCUUGCCGGUUCCUCAAGCCAUCUCCAUCGUCUCCAUUUACUUCCCAGACACAGAGACCACUAGGGAUUCAGCCAUCCUAUGUAGAUUAUUAUAGCCUUAAUUCUGCCAAUAGAUAGAUUAGAGUCUUCUGGGGUCUCCCCUGUACGUGACUUAGAGUUUUCUCAUUUCCUCUGUGUGGACACCACUUCAUCCUGCAGGGAGUAUGACCAAAGCCUCCAAAAUUGUGUGAGAUUCAGUUCCACGAACCCACACCCUGCUGACAUGGCCCUUGGCUCCAUGGGUGCGUUUGCACCCCUGACAGCCCACACUGAUCCCCAGCAGGAGAAGGGGUGCCAGCAGCGGUACCAGCACCAUUACCCGGUUAUUUCACUCUGCUCUUGUGGAACCCGUGGCGAGACAGUGGGACAGCCCUGGUGGGUUGAACGGCGGCUCCCAAAUCUGCUGCCGAUGCCAGAUGCUGUCCUUGCGCCACUUUCGUCUCAGCCCAGAGCAGCAGCAAGGGUCACUGUCUUUCCUGCCAUAGGCUCUCCCCACUUCCACCCUGACUUAGCAUACAUGAGUAACCCUGGCCGAGACUGAGCAUCUGCUAUUGGCAAUUGCCUCAUUGUAGCUUUGCCUUUUUCUGUCCUAGUAUUUCCUCACAACAAUGAUGUUUACAUGUGAUUGCUAUAGAGCUUAUGUAGAAUGUAUAUAGCGACACAUUUAGGGUGGGUAGUACUGUCCUGUGCUGUGCUGAUGUUUUUCAGAAAACGAUCAAUCAAAAAAAAAAAGAAAAAAAAAAAAAAAAAAGAAAAGCCAAGUGGAAUUCUUCCAUCUCCUUGCUCAGCUGCGGUGGGACUGAGCCCUGGGCCACUCCCAGCUGGAGGAUGCAUCAAGCGUGAUGGAGGGGAAGGGGCAAGUGCAGCGGGGGCUGCCCGGGCAGGGGCUGUGAGGUGCCCUCUCCCGAGGCAGCCCUCAGGCGCUUCGCUAGUGUUGGUUUCUGUGUACCCAAUCCAAAAUUGGACGUUGCUUUCCUGUGGCUUCCCAUGCCAGCCAGCAGCCCGCCACCAUCGUGGAGCUCCUGCGCAGCGGGUACAGCACGCCCGAGCAGGGAGGUCUCAUAAUGCACAGAGCCAAUCAGUACUGCAGUGUUAGGAUAGGAAGAGAUGCAAUAAGUGGUCUUCGUGUUGCCUGAAGCCUAUAAAUGGAUUUUUGUUGUUGUUUGGGGUUUUCCUUUUUUUUCCCUCCUUUAAAUUUCGACGGCUCUUUUUCCCUCCUCCCUUGAGAAAUGUCUCCUGCACUGAUGCAAUACGCACAGAGGUGCUCAGGAUGUGCCACACAGGGGCCCGGCACCCUCCCCAUGGCCACCCACCCCUCGCUGCAGCAGCAGCAGCAGAGCCCAGGGGGGCACGCUGCCCACCCCCACAGCUCCCUCCGCCUUUAGGACCCGGCGAGUGCGGAGGGCAUAUUUCAGCUUAAAGAAGCACAGGUGUGACUGCCUGCAGGGUCCAGAAUCACUCACACAGGGUUAGUGGUUUAAAGUAAGUUCCCACUAGAUUUUUAUUUUUAUUUUUUAGUGGAAAGUUUUUGUUAGCUCGCAGUGCUCUAGGGGAAGGGGGGGGCUGGGCAGGGGUAGGUGAGAGCUGCCCCAGCCGGCGCCCCUCGCUGCUGGGGCCCAGCCCUGCCCACAGGUAAGGGCCUCAAUCCAAGAGGAACUGGGAGCAAAAGGGUAUAUUAUGGUAGGCAAUAAGUACAGAAGAGAUAUAUUUUUUUAAAAAAAGUAUAUAACUAUAGAAUGUCCCCCAAUAGUUGCCAGUAAGUACUGCAGGGAAAUGCUAAAUGUGAAGAGUUUGGUGAUAAAACGCCCCUUCUCUUUUUUUGCACAGAGUUGCCCCAUAAAAUCUCAUUGUUCACGGGGGGAUACCAGGAUUCCUGACUGGAAUCCAGCAGACUCCUGGGGCUCCGUAGGAAAGGAGCAAAUGUUUCUGAAUGUCUGGGCUGAAUGCAGAGGACAAUCCUGGGUGUUAGGUUCAAUUCUGCCCCAAAUGAAAGGUUUAUCCCAAUUCCUAUCCAGCGCAGCUUGCUGGGCUGCACAUCUUCCCUAUGGAAACAGCAGCUCAGCCACCACGUUACAGUCCUAGCGUCUGGUUUCAGCACUGGUCCAUGUGAAGGAGCAUUACAGACCAGCACUUUUUUUUUUCUUUUAUUUUUUCUUGUAUUUUUCUUUUUUUUUGGAGUUAACGCUGACUACUGAGCUACGUCAUUGUUCACAGGGAGCCCUGAAACCCUUUCUGUUCUAUCUUAGCCCGUCCCCGACAAUCAAUAGAGAACCAAAUGCAGCCUUCGGGCCUCAUUCCUCGUUCCUCCUCGAGCCGCAGCCAGGGAAAGUGCUGGCUGGCAUGGCCAGGGCAUUACUGAGCAGAGCCAAACCCAGCGCACAAUGACAGGGCAGGGAGUGUGUGUAUGCAUGUGUGAGAGAGAAAGGUUAAACUGAUGCAUUUCUUGAGAAAAGUGCAAGAAUUUCACCUAAAAGGGGCACAUCUGCUUUGUUAUUUAUAAUAAAAGCUAAACUUUUUUUUUUUUUUUUUUUUUUUUAAAUAAAAGGACACUGCAAAUAAUUACUAGGGGCCAAUUCUGCCUCCUUCCUCACACUGAAUAAGUACUACUAAACUCUGUGAUUUUCUACAUGCAGGGUAAGCAAAAGUGGCAGAAUUGAUCCCUCUGCAAUUAAGAGUCUAGUUUUUAGUGUGAUUUUUUUUUUUUUUUUAAUUGCUAGCGGUUUUUCCCUGGUUCCGUUCCAUUGUGUCCUUAUUUAUGUAAUAUACUUUAAUCUUAAAAGAUGGCAUGAAUUCUUAUGCCUUUCCUUUAUUAUUAUUGUUAUUAUUUUUAAAAAGAGAUUUAUUUCUAGUGUGAUUUAACUGUCUACCUUCUAAAACAAGAGAACGUUUUCUUGUAUUUUUACAUUGUCAGAUUCUAUAGUUUCAUAGAUAAUUUAACCAAAUCGCUCAAUGUAUUAUCUAUAUCUAUUCAGUGGGUAUAAAAGUUCUAUUUUAAAUUGUGUAAAUACUUCGGAACUGGCUUCUUUUUCCAGACUCCCCUGCCGUGGAGUUACUUGUUUACAUCACAAAGACUGUAGAAUCUCUACGCUCAUGUACUGUAAAUAGUGAAGUGAUCUGCCUAUAAAUAAAUGACAUAUAUACUAUAAACUGGGAGGAAAAAAAAAAAAAAAAAAAGAG